AUGACGUUGAAGUCGGUUGUAAUUCGCGAUCUGGUUUCUCAUAUUACCUCGUAUACACAAGUUCUUCAACUCAGUCUGAUAACCUUGUCACUCGGCUCCUUAUGGACUCAGCAGAAGUCUCAAGACCAGGUGCAUGUUGCAAUCCGAAACUUGACCGACGAAAUCCGGGCUGCGAACCUCAUCUCGCGUACGAGCACGGGUCAGAGGCGACCGUCCACUGAAUGGGACGACGAAACUGAUACGAGGUUGGAUGAAUCUCUCUCUGUAACGAAAGAGAUCCAAGCAUGGCGAAUGUCGGCCGACGAGGUGGCGGCCGCAGUCACUCUGCAGAAUGCAGACCAACACCACUCGUUCUUGUCAUUUAACUCGUCGUUCACCAAGUUGGCAUCAGGAAAGGACCAAGAUUCUAAGCAAGCGUCAGGCGACGUUGACUCGGACGACUGGGACCCAGAGCCCGAACAUCCAGACGGGCCAAGCAAAGACAUCCUCAGCCACCAGUACGACGCGAAUCAAGAGAUAGUCGAUCGUUUGGUGGACUGCGGCAUAUUUCUCCGGGCUUCGUUGUAUCAGAAGAGGGGCAUCGAAAUACGAGAGCAACUCAGCCAGCCGGGAUAUGAUGUCGAAUUUAGCUUUGCUCAACAAGCUGUUAUGAAAGAACGACUUGCCGAUAUCCUUUUGAGAAGCGAAACAGAAGAGGAAGUGUCCGAGGCCAAAGGAAUCUUGCAGGACUUGCUUCAAGAGGAGGUAAAGCAGCCCGAAGAAUUUCGGGAUGACGAACGGCGAAGUCGGCUAUACCACGAUCUCGGGAGCCUCUACAUCAGACUAGGUAAUUUGAAGCAGGCGAAGACGUUUCUUAGUCGGGCUCUCGAGGGCCGAAAGAAUCAAGAACCCAUUCCGGUUGACUUGGUACAAGAAACAGCAGACUUGUACAUCAAGGCUCUGCAACUUGAUGGAGCGUUUGACGAAGCGCGGGGUGUGGAGGUCUGGGUCAACAACGUCAUCAUUCCGUUGACAAGUCGUCCGGCGUCGGCCCCGGAUUCAGACUCUAUGCCAGACGCCAGGAGACCAUCUUCCAUGGGCGAGCUUUCUCAAGCCUUUCAAUGGUGUCGCGAGAACGGUUUCGAUAUCGAUAUCCCAACUGGCUUCCGCUUCGAUACUUGCGACUUUAUGACACGAACCUCGCCGCUCCACAAGGCCAUCCAAGACGAAAACCUCGAGGUAUUGAGGCAAAUGGUGGGACACGUGGUCAGUCUCGAGAACGGGGGCAACGUCGGUCUGCCGACGCCCUUGCUGCUUGCCGCGUCGACCAGAAACCGU